CUGGCCUCCUCCCCACGCCGUCCGGUCCUGAGCAGCCUCUGUUCCCCGAUACGGCCUUCUGCCGUGCUUGUCCGCAGCCUCCCUCUUCCCGCGCCGUCCGCCGCGCCCUGCCCAUCCGUAGUCUCCUGGGAGCUGUGCGCCGCCGCCGCCCCUGCAGACCGACCGAGCCUCGGAGCCCCGAGGGGUCGCCCUCGGGCAGGCGUGCCCGGGGGCCAGUUCCGCCGCGCUCCAGGGUGCCCCAGAGCCCAGCGGGCUGCCUAGCCUCCCCCCGCAGGGGCCGGGUCACCCCCCCACGGGUCCCUAGGGAUGACACCGGCGAGCUUGUCUCCAGGAAGCCCCUGAGGGCGACCCUCAUUGGUCAUCAGUCGAGCUCUAAGGAAUGGGCGCGAUUUAUUAGGCGACAACCGCAGAACUUGAAUUACUCUUUUGAAACUGAGUUUCCCCCCAAAAUUGUAUUUUUUUAUUUCCUCUGUGUGAUGUAUUCUUUUACUCUUCCUAGCAUUCCUUAAGCGUCAUUGAGUUUUCCCCCGUUCCAUUAACUAAUUUUACUUGUUUCUGGAUGUUUAUUAUCCAUCAGUAGCUUUAGUGUUUCGAGAGGCACUUGAGUCUGUAGCAGAAAUAAACUUUGCUUCAUAAGAGACACGGUUUUUAGGCUACUGAAAGAUGAAAGGAUGAAGUGAUAGGCUUGUUACAUUUUAAUUAUGAAAGUUGUAUUUGAGUCCAGUCUAGCCAGUAGAGCUGCUACCUGUUGCCCAGGCAUCCCGUCUGGGUGCGGAUGCCCCUUGGAGUCCCAGCUGCUCCACUUCCAUCCAGCUCCCUGCUAGUGCGCCUGGAAAAGCAGCGGAAGAUGGCUGGAAUGCUUGGGCCCCUCCACCCAUGUGGGAGGCCCAGAUGAAGCUCCUGGCUUCCGCCUGACCCUUGUGGCCAUCUGGGGAUUGAACCCAAGGAUGAGAGAUUCUCCGUCUCUCUUUUGUGUUUGCUUCUCUGUCUCAGUAAUGCUGCCUUUCAAACAGCAUCAUGUGAGUGUUUUUACCCUACUGACAACAAGUAUGGAGAUAAAAUUAGAAGUUUUGAUAUCAACAAGUAUCAAGCAGAAAAAGCCUUGGCCACGAGUCUCCUGGUUGGGACAGGAAAAUGAAGGUGUUUUUCUUUUGGAUAAUAAAUUCAUAAAUGAAAUUAAUUUGCUAUCAGGAAGGACAAAGAAGAAAAUUCCUAGUCUGCAGCCUUUGUUGAAGGAUGUUAUUGUCCUCACAACAUCCAGUAACAAUGCCUGGCUGGCUGGGGUUCUUGCUACAGGGGAACUUUUCAUUUGGAACAAAGAUCAAGAUUGUUUGAAAACCAUACAAGUAGCUGAAAAACCUAAGGAAGUGAUUAAAGCUACAACGGCAUGCUCUUUGAGACUGUACUUGUAUGUAUCUGGAAAUGGGAAAAGAAUUCUGCUUGUAACACUUUCUGGAUGCAUAUUUCUUUGGGAGUAUUUGGAAUCCCCGAGUAUCUUAUCUUCUAAAUGCCUUUCAUUGGUGGGUCAGUGGUCCCAGAUCAGACCUGAAGAAACAGUUCUUUUGCCUUCCCCUGAAGAUAAAGAAGCCAUAGUGAAUGCUGUUUUUGUAAAAAAUGAGCUAUUUGGAGACUGCUGCCUGUGUUCAUUUAGCUUUUAUUCUGGGGAAUACCUGAAGCUAACAUUUCUAGCAAUUCGAUGGCAAGAAAAUGUGUUUACACCUAUAAGAUUGUUGCCAUACCGUGCCUGUUGGGCACAACGAGACUGUGCCCUGUGCAGUCUAAUUCCUAAGUGUGAAUCAGUGAAGUCAAGAGGAGCUCUCAUCUCUGCCUUUUCAAGAGAUGGCCUGACACUGGCAGUAACUCUUAAUCAGAAAGACCCAAAGGCAACUCAGGUAUUAUUUGUAAACACAGUGAAUUUUGUUACUCACUCUGGUAGCCUUAAAGGAUGUAGUAAUAAGAAUCCUGUGCUUCCAACUUCGCUUGUCAGGUCCUACUGGAUAGGUGAUAUCAGCUGGACUCAUGACAGUCUUUUUCUGGCUUGUAUAUUAAAACGUGGCUCCUUGGUUUUACUGACGUGUCAAGGUGAAUUGCUAACAUUAAUUACGUUUGGUUGCUCCAUUGAAUUUGGGCCAGCAGAAUUUAUUCCUCUUCAUCCUCUAAUAACAUAUAGACCACAGCAUUUUCAAGAGUCAAAGAAUUCUGUAGAUUCAUCAGCUUCUGAUAAUGACCCUAUGAGACAGAAAUUUUCUGUAAACACACACUCACGGUUACCCUACCUCAUUGUUUCUGAUGGAUACAUGGUCACAACCCUUCGGUUUCUUGAUAAUCUGUCUCCAUCCAUGCUCAUGAGAUCACUACUACUUGACUCAACCCAGAGGCUUGAGAAAGCAUACCAAAGUGUGUUACAGUCUAAGCCAAAAGGCAAAGGGCUGAACUUACGAUCACUGGAUUCCCUAAGGUCUAGCCUGUUAAAACACCAAGGAAAUGAACGUCCAGCUGAUUCCACUGUCCCUAGGUUUUUGCAGGCAAACGAAAUAGGGACGGUGAAUGAAGAGACGGCAGAUUGUCAGGAUUUUGAAGCAGAGGAAACAAAUGAAGGCAAAUAUUUUUCAAACCAGUUAUUUACCUUUUCAAAAAAAAAGAAUGAUGUGCUAUUUAGUAGUGUCAAGGAAGGAAGAUUGGAGUUUGCAUCUAUGUUUGAUACAAUACAUGCAAAGGAUGAUGCCAAGGAGGCAGACAGAUCCAUUACAGAACUGCAUUCCAUCCAGAAAAAUCUACUUGCAGCAUGGACAAUAGGAAUUUCAAAAGAUGUGACAGAAAAAAAUUUAAUGUUAAAUUAUACAGUGGUUUGUAUCACUCAUUUUUUCUACAUUCUUCAGUUUGUAAAAAGUCCUUUACCUAAACUUGAUCCUUUUUCAAGUGAGAACUCAAGACAGAACACAUGGGUACUUGGUACCUUUCAAUUUUUUCUUCAGUGUUUAUCAAUCCAGUACUGGGAUGUGAGAUACAGACAAGAUGUGGGAUAUUUGAUAAAGCUGACCUCAAAUACUCUAAGACUUUUGCUGGAUCAGCAACAGAAGGGUCACUUAUUCUCAGAGAAACUUUUAGCCUGUUUUUAUUUACUCAGAAUGGUAACCGACAGUUUAAAUGGUAUAUACAGUCUUCAGCCUGAAGUUACUUCAGCAUCAGCUGAUGGAAGUAGAGCAGCAGAUCAAGAUGCACUGGUGGUGCCUGUCUUUCAAAUGUUUCAAGAAUGUAGCCCUGAUGGAAACUGGUCAUGGAAGUCAUCUUUCAAGAUUCAUCCUCAAGUAACGAGUCUUGUUCACCAGCCAGGACAUAGAUUGAUUGUUCUCUGGAGAUUGUUGUACCAAAAAACUCUAUGGUAUCAAACACAGUUAGGUCGAAGAGUUCCAGAAGGUUACAUACAGUUCACUGAAAAGAUGGCACACGAAGCAUCUACUGUCAAGUUCUUGUUGUGUCAUAUACAGGCCAACUUACAGACUGCUGGAGACUGCUUGAACCAAACCUUAGAACUGAAACCUAUCAAUGGAGAAGAGUGUUUCCUGUUAGGCUCAUAUGAAGAGUCUGUUGAGUUGUGGAAGCAGGCGCUACAAGAAACUCAAGAGAAAGGAGGAAGAAGGACAUGUUUUCUUCAGACACGCUAUUAUCUUUCUCUCUUAUACUGCUACCUCUAUAGUUAUAAUUUAAAUGAUGCUCAAGGAUUAUGCGAUCUGCUAGUAAGGGAAAUACUGAGAUGGUCCCAACUACCUGUAAAAGAACAUGAAGAUUGUCCAGUUCCUGAGACGUCUCACUCUGAGUUUGGAAUGGCUGGGUGCGUCCAUCCGGAGGCAGCAGUCAGAGUUGUCCAGGCCAUGGCUCGCUUCAUGACUGCCUAUUUCACCAAUCAGCUGCUUUGCAUUUUGCCACCUCACAAUGUGAAUAUUCUUCCUCCACUGCAUGUGAAAACAGAUCAGUCCCUUCGGCUUAUUCCUCUGCAACACUCUAAGGUGGCAAGUGCUGUUAGAGAUCAGAAUCUCUCCAAUGUGUGGACUGUUGAAUAUGCCCUUGAAUUACUAUUUAUUGGUGGCCUGAUUCCAGAGGCAGUAUGGUUGGCACAUAAACUUGGAGACUGGAAGACAUCUGUGUCAAUUGGUGUGGCUUUCCAAUUUUUCUGUAAACGUGAUAGCAGUUUCAAGAGGUCUAAAAAAAAGGGUCUGAAUCUCCCAUUAAAUAUGGCUCCAGCACAGAUUUUCCAGGAAAAAUUGCAAUGUUUUUUGGGUCAGCCAGCCUCUGUGGAAACAAGAGACAAAAUCCGCUUAAAAUGUAAACAGUUUACAGAUCCCAUUGAAGAGGAAGAUGCAAACCUGCUAUUUGGUUCGGUGCAGGAAGUACUGAAAGCAUCAGUUAUGGCUGAUGCAGAUAUUCUUUCGGAGUCAUUUCAGCUUCUGAUGGACUCUGCCAAGGACUUCAGUAGGAGGCUGUGGGGGUUGGUUCCAGUCGGCUUGUAUCUUCCAGCUCCGCCGUUGUACUGUCCCCAGCCAGCUGUUCUUAGUGAAGAAGAUGGUGAUGAUCUUCUUCUAAAAGCUGAAAAAGAUAAUCGCCAAAAGGUGUCUGGCAUCCUGCAGCGUGUUCUCCUACUUUUCCGAGCCGCUCACUGUUCUGUUCCUGUGGCACAGUGGUAUAUCUUGCAGUUGAGGUGGGCACGAAAAGUCAUGCAGAAGAUUCGAAUGAAAGGGUCCCUACCUUCAUUGAGUCCUUUCCCUCAGUCCUUGCUUAAUUACUGUAAAGGAGGAAUAGCGUUCUUUAGACCAGGAGCAACUGGAGACCACAAGCUUGAUGACGUUUCCACCAAAGCAAUAGGUUGCUUCAGAGAACUUUGUGCUUUGUGUUGGAUGCUGCAUGUCCGUGAUAAGUUAUCCUUUAGUUGCAGACAGUUUCAGAAAGCAAGAGAAAAUGUGAAAGGAGGAAAGGACCUUGAAGUGGAGUUUGAUUCUUGUAUGGUUGAGCACUGUCUCAAUGCAGUGGACUGGGCUUAUAGAAUGCUGCCAUUCUCUCGUUUUUUUAAUAUUGAGGAACUUAUUCAGGAUAUAAUUUUGAGCCUUCUUGGAGAAUUGCCACCAAUCAGAAAGGUAGCUGAAAUAUUUGUGAAAGCCUUUCCCAAUCCUGAGGACAUAAGGGUUCCCUUAAGAGAAAAAUACCAUUCUCUUCAACAGAGACUCAGGCACUACGUUGUAAAAGGGCCCCAGACUGAGGAGAUGAUGUCUGUCAUCAUGCAUUCUAUCCAUAAAGUGAGGGUGAAAGCCCUAAAACGAGUACAGAGAAAUAUAGGUCCUUUUGAGAUGAAUAUAUGGGAACCAGCUGAAGAAGAAAAACCGGAAGAGACUGUAGGCUUGGACAGGUUUUCCCUGGGGACCAGCCUCAGCAGAAGCACACUUACAGAACUGGGGAGUUCUGUGGCUCACAGUGAUGCAGACACAGCAGAGACGUGCUCUGAAGCUUUGUCUAUUGAAGGAAAAAAUAGGGUGCAUAUUUCUCAGAGAAAUCCCCCCAGUCACAGGAAAUUAACAUUGACUGGUAAGCCUGGUGAUAAAAAGAAAACAAAUGAUCAGAAAGAAAACCCUAAAAGGAAAGAAGAUCAUGAAAAGUUACCACAAAAUGCGCUUCCUAUAAUAGGUGUUUGGGAAUUUGAACGUGAUGAUGAUGAAUAUAUUAAAUUCCUUGAUCUCUUCUUGAGUUAUGUUCUUGAAAGAGACCUACUUAGUUCCAGGAAUCCUAGCAUUCCAUUUCUCACCAGCUUUUCUGGACAACUUAGAGAACAUGAACUGAAUUCUUUACUUUUUGAUGUACAUACAACUUUAAAACGACGUCAGGGCAAAACCAAGAGCCAAAGUGUGUUUAGAGCUGGAUCUUGCUUUGUUGUUAUUCCUGAGUGUCAUGAUUCUGAGAAAUCGUCCUUGUUAAAUGAUGAAGGUGCCAUUGGUCUAGAAAACCAGGCACUUUCAACUUCAGUACUGGUUAAUCAAAGGAUCAGGACUUUUUUAGAGAACUCUUUAAAUGAAGUCAGUAAAAAUGAAGGGAAGAAUGGAUUAUUUGGUUUAAAACAAAAGCCAGUGUACAGAAUGCAAGCUGAUAAUCGAGAGAAACCUCAGAUCCAGAGAUCAUCACACCUAUUUCAGACUCCUGAGUCUACCAAAACUAAAAGAUACCUUUUCAGAGCAAUUCACUGUGGUGAUAUUAACCCUCAAGAAGACCUUCCUCUGGCGGUAAACGACACAUUUGGCCAUAUAGGAAGAUUGCUGGAGUGGAUGAUAAGAUGGUCUGACAGACGACUGCUCUGUGAUUCUGGUACGACCGAGUCAGCCUGUGGGUACAGCCCAGUAAUUCGUGUAAAGACCUCUUCAGCUGCCAUUCUUACUUCAUUAUGGCUUUUGGAACAGCCUUAUUUUGCUACAUACAAGGCAAAAAAGGCCAUUAUUAAGGUGCUAGAGAAUCAUUCCACUGGGUCUCAGACUGGACCUGGUACUGGGAGGGAGCUUGAAACAGAUGGUCGCUGUUCAGUUGCAGCUCGAGGUGGGACUGAGCAGAGAAAUGAGAAGCAGUCUUGUCAAAGUAUCUUGAAAAAUGCAACUGAAGCAGAAACCCCUGCAAUAAAAGAAACAAGUGAUGAGUUUAUUCCUAUGACUUCUAACACUGAAGAAGAACAUGUAUAUAUCAGUGAGGAUGUAUUAGGAGUGGAAACAUUUACACAAGAGGAAAUGGAUGUUCACUUAUCAGACUGUGAAGAAGAUGCCAAAGAACCUGAAGGAAGUCUCAGAAGUCCCAACAUUGCCAUUUGCAUGCGAAAUUUGCCACAGAAGUUAGAAGAACAUUUCACAAAAGUGGCCCAGUUUCCAAGGGAAGAACCAUUGGAAACAAAUAAGGAGAACAAACCAGCUGAACAAGAAAGUAUGAUCGAAGUCCUCUCAAGCCCUGAACAUGCCAUUUCUCCAAGUUUCAGUGCAGAUACAAAUUCAGAAAUGUCUAGUGCACAGAUUUCUGCAUUUAAAGAUAAGUCUCUCCCGUUUCCACCUCCGGUACCGAGUGGAGUCAGUGUUGCUUCAGAAACACCUGUUCCAGUUCCUCAGACGACACAGCGGAGUGAACACACUGUUCAGUUACCAGAUUCUUCAGAUUCUGUUAGGCAGAUGCUCCAGGAUGAAAUGUUUAAAUUAGUUCAGCUACAACAGAUCAACUUCAUGAGCUUAAUGCAAAUAGUAGGAUCAUCCUUUGCUAACCUACCAGAUAUACAACAACUUGUACAGCAGUCUCAGUCUCUGCAUUUCCGGGGAAGCCAAGUAUUGAACCCCACAAACGGGAGCGAUUGUGUUGAAGAGAACAGUAGAAAUCUUAAGGAGAGGAUUUUUAUUAAGCCACAGUUCAUGGGAGAGUACAACAGAGAGCCUGGCAGGGACAGCCCACACUGCCAAGAAGGAAUUACCCAAUCUGAUCAAAAAAGCAAUGGGAAUUUACAGAAUGUUCCACAAGGGAGUAUUCCUUCACAUCAUUUAGGCAGCCAGUCCCAGAAGAGAAAACUGACUCCAGCAUCUGAAAGCUUACCACCCACUGGGUUUUCUCUAGCCCCUGCUGAAAAUACUCACCUGUACCUUUUGUCCACCCCUUCUGCUCUUCAGAAGACACCUAGACUCAUCCCACUUGCAAAAUCUUUUAGUCCUGGUGAUGGUUUUCCUUUGCUUCAGUUUCAGCCUAAGCAAGAGUUCAAGCCCCCUUAUUUACAUACAGGAAGAGUUCCACCAGUUCCAUUCAGGCCUCUGGCCCAACCACGAGAGGCUUGGGGAUUCUCCGAUUCCUCCCAGCCUCCUCUGCCCCAGAAAAUAGUGCACACUACUGCAGUAUCUCAUGUGAAUGGAAGCCAGCACAAUAUGGAAGCCAUAACAGAAGCUGCUGAGCAGAAGAAAUGGGCAGAAACUGUGAUUACAGAGGUCCCUAAGCAUGUGAACCUGGGUCAGGAUGUCAGCCUAGAAAACUUGACACCUCAACAGGACUCUUCAGUAUUUGCAAAUCCAGAAAAAACACUUAAUAUUAAAUCUGGGCUCCUGGAGAUACCUCCUCAGAAUUCCCUUGGACUUCCCUUAUUACACCUGCAACUUAAACCUCCUUUGAUAGUUCCACCAGCCUCAAGAACAUCAGUUACAGCUCCUGCAGUACCCAUCCGGGCUGUUGCAGAAGAAAGAAAACACUCAGGACUAUCAUUACUUCAUUCCUGUCUAUCUCCAGAAACUGUGUGUAAGAAGCCGCAACUUAUCCCACUUGAAAACCUCCUUGCCUUUAAAAAAAGCCAGAAGAAACUGACGCUUAGUUUAUUUGAACAAGGUGAUUCUGCACACCUGCAGCUUCUAAAGGCUGAAAUUGAAUCAUCUGAAGUAAGACAAGUAAAAGACAGUAAAAAAAGGCAAAGACGUCGAGCUGUGAAAGAGCUGCAAGCAAAAAGUUCUGAGAAAUUAAAAAGAAAAUCUGGUGUCACUUUCCGGCCAGAGGAUUCUAUCAUUAAUAGUGAUGAUCCCGAAGUUGUUAUGAAACCCAAGGAACCACAGGAACAUCUUGCUCCCCAGCCUUUGGAAGAGUUUGACAUUCCUUUUGAAAUGCUGCAAGAUGAUGUUACUACUUCAGCUGGACUGCAUUUCAUGGCUUCUGUAAGAAAGAAAGCUAUAGGAAGUCACGAUGCAAGUACAAAUACAGACCCAGUUCCUAAUUUAUUACAAGACAAGGAAGCUACUUCUCAACUAGCUGUUUCUGAAUGUGGAAAAAAUCAACAAAUCAUUUCUUCCUCUCCAGAACAUCAGCCUUCGAAAGUUCCUCAGCAGUUGGUUCCAGAUGUAUGUCUAAACCUCAGACGUUCCACAGAAAUACCAGAGACAGCUUUGUCACCUUCAGCACUUCAUACGACUGGCCACUCUUACAUAAAGGUGAUUGACAUUCAAGCUGAUGAUCUCCAGGAAUCACCUGUUGUGGAAGAGUCUCCCCCUGACAGUGGUAGCAGAGCGCAGAGCGACCACAGGGAAGCCCCAUCAUCUGCAGAGUUACAUUAUCUUGCUGCUUCAGUUACUAAUUCUGUUCCCCCACACAAGUUUAACAGUCAAGACUGUGCCAGUUCUGCUGUGGAUUUACCUAAACCUGCUAAAGGGACUCUAGCCUGUCUGGAAGGAAAAGGUUGGAGAGCAGACAUUUCAGAAGUGGAGGAGCCUGAAGUUUGCUCACCUGUGCCACCAGUCAGGCUGCAGGAUAGAGAUCUGCCCAAACCAGAGUUCCAAUUCAAAGAACAGAGCACGGAGUCGGACUCUAUGGAAGAUUAUCUGCUGGGGAGACUCCUGCAGGACGUCUCUGCACCUCGCCCUGCUCCAGGCCCUGCCGCUUGCCGCCUGGAACAUCUCACCUCUAAGCUGCAGGAGAUUGACCGACAGCUGCUAGCAGUGCAGAACAUCGCUGGAAGCAUAGAGCAGGAUUUCCCCAGCCCUGAAAUGCUGAACCUGCCUAGUAACAAGUUUGGACAGGUGGAUCAUGAGGAAUUGUCUCCUGGCUCUGAAAUUGAAAAACCAUUAGCUUCAAAAACCAUCAGCAUUUCUGAAGAAGUGCAUGUCCUGACUCAUGUGGAUGGGGAAGAUCAGAGUGACAAGAUUUCAGAAGCUGAAUUUUCAGUAACAGAAAAUCGUUCUCAUCAGAAAACCUGUGUAUUUCCUUCUGCUGAUUCAGCUGUCAGCCUUUGCAGUGGCCAGAACACUGCUUCUCCUGGUGCAAAUAACAGUGAUGAAUUAUUUGAAAGUGCUUCAGUCGAUGCACUCCAGGUGGCUGGCCUGACUGACAUUGCAGACAUUAUUGAUGAUCUGAUAACCGGCGGUGGAGUUUCCAGUGAAGAGCUUGGCUUAACAGAACAACAAGCUAAGAGUAUCUCCAGGAUUCAGCGUUGUUCUGGCAGGCGUCCACAAAGAACUGAGAGAGAGAGGAGAGAGAUUCAAGUGUGGAUGAAAAGAAAACGGAAAGAAAGAAUGGCAGAGUACUUAAAUCAGCUGGCAGAAAAGAGAGGGCAAGAACAUGACCCUUUCUGCCCCAGAAGCAAUCCGUUUUAUAUGACUUCAAGGGAAAUCCGGCUGAGACAAAAGAUGAAGCAUGAAAAAGACAGAUUGCUGCUGUGUGACCACUACAGUCGUCGAAUCUCACAGGCGUACAGUCUAAUGAAUGAACUGUUAUCUGAAUCAGCUCAACUACCAGGACCCACACAGAAACCAUUGCCUUCCAAACCCAGCACUGUUCAGUCUCCCAGAUGGCAACAUUGCCCUUCUCCAAGAAGAGAGACUCAGCAUGGUCACAAUUGUCCAGUAAAUUGGCCUGGAAAAGCCAGAUACACAAGGAAGCCAAGCUGUACCAAUAAGGGGCAACCAUUUGAGCAACCUCAAAGCUCACGUUGGCCACAUGGAACUACCACUUUUACCAUACAGAGAAAAGCUGGUGGAGCCAGAGUGGCAGGAAGAAAGGCUGUGAGGUCUCCAGUUACCUUCCGAACAGGUUCUAAUGAUCCAUGUCAUAGUCGGCAACAUACAAAAAAACAAGGAAGUGCUGGGCUUGUGCCUCAAACAAAGGAGGUGUGUAUAGAGUAUGAGAGAGAGGAGACAGUGGUGAGUCCCUGGACGUUACCCUCAGAAAUCCAUGAGAUUCUGCAUAGGAGGCACAGUUUCCUUUCACAAGACUUGUCACCGACUGGAGAGGCAGAGCCAGAGCUCCCCGCCGGGCUGAGCGGCACGGACAGCGCCUCUGAGAGCACCGGCAGCCUCCUCAGCAAGCUCGACUGGAACGCCGUCGCGGACAUGGUUGCCAGCGUGGAGGAGAAGGGCCUGGCUGUCCACUGGGCCCCAGACUUGUGAGGACGGACGGGCGGGCCAGCAUCUCAGUGAUGUGAUGCUAAGAGAUUUAGGGGUUUAAGGGAGAGCAGCAAUGAAGGAAGCAACACGAAUUUGCCACCAACAGCCAUCAGCUACUUCAAAAGGGAUAAUAAACAUUUCUCACUAGUUUUGCCUAUACAGGAAAAGCAAAGGUUAACUCAA